AAUCUGACAGCCAUUGUUGAUGUAAAUGAAGAGCGUUGUUUCGUUCUUCCCCUGGAUCGCAGUGUGGUGUCCCCACCAAGUGACUUCCUGGAUCUCAUGCUGAAGUACAUGAAUGGUGCCUAUACCCCCAAUGUGCGCAAGAUCCGCCGUGAGUACCAGGUCCAGUACCCCAAACUGGAGGACCUUAGUCGCCUUGGCUGGUACAUACAGAACCAGUGCUUCUCUUAUGACACAUACCGCCUUGUGGCUUCUGGUGAGACCCAGACACAUCACCCCCUGUUGGGAGGAGAUGAUGGACACAGACCCUCUUGGCUGGCCACUACAAAGCGCCCCCUGUUGGGUGCACCUGACGGCCACCGCCCAGCAUGGCUAGGACAUCAUCAUGACAGAGAUGGACACAGAAGACCACAUGGGCACGACAUGCAUGGAAUGCGCAACAAGAGAAGUGUGAAGAAAGACUUCAAGGUGGCCGUCAUUGAAGGCACCAAGGCAGUGGUAGAAUAUGCUUUCAAAUUUGAGUAAUCAAAAAGAGAAGUUAGAAUCAAGUACUUCUACUAGAACUAUUUACUAACUCAUUUGCACAUUUCUAAGAGCUGACUACAAAAUAGGUAGAAGUGGUCUCAGCAACUUCAAGUCAUUCCUUAACAUUUUAUGAUUUUCGGUGAGGAGUGAUAUAUGUAUUUUGAACAGACAAAAAAGCACAGGCUUAAUUUCCUUGGAAUAUUGCAAAUAUUGUUAAAACAAAAAAAAGAGACAAAAUAAUCCCAAGCACACAUUUGAUGAUAAUAUCUCCGAUUUUGUGCCACUUAGAUUGGAUCAAAGCUCUAGCCUCUUUGUGUAAAUGUCACUAUAUAUUUUAUUACAUCACUUGAUUCUGGUUGACUGUGAUAGGAUAGAAAAAACUGUCGUUAUGGAGACUCUAUGGCCAUGGGGUCAUUGCUAUGGAAACUACAGGAUAGAAAAACUGUUGUUAUGGAGACGCUAUGGUCAUAGGGUCAUUGCUAUGGAAACCACAAGGUUGUUGGGCUGUUCCAAACAUUCAGAUAGAAAUGCAUUAUUUCUCUAAGAAGGUUCACAUUUUAUACUUUAGAGUGCUUUGUUUGCUGGAAUAGUUGGCAUAGCAGAUCACUUUUCACAUUUCCAAGGUUCACACUCAUGUUUUUGAAAAAAAAAAUUCAGAUUUUUUUUUUCUCCGCAAGAUCCGUUGUUUGCCCUAAAAAUGAUCAGGCCUUGAGUUCUUCAAAACAACUGAAUAUUUCCAUCUUAACAUGGGUAAGUGAGGGAGAGCAGGCCAUACAACAAAACCCUUGAUCAAAUAAUUUUGCCUACACAACAUUCUUUUCUUGUUUUUAAAACAACGUUCAAGUGUUGAUGUCUCAAAUUUUAAGGCUGCUUGCCAGCUCAAUCUAAUGCACAGGGUAUCUACGCUCCCUCUUUGUAUACCAGUGAAAUAUGAAUUUGUAGGUCUGGCGUUGCCAUUUAAUUGUCAUUUUUAUUCAAAAUUUUAUUAAUUUGAACAACAACAGUUAAAUAUUGUCUUAACAGUGACUUUGUUAGUCUUUUAUCUAUAUAGCCAUAGCAUUUGAAAUAACAGUAAUUGUUCUCUUGAUUUAAGGACAUUUUCAUACUGUCUAAAGUCAUUAUUUUGGUACGUAUGGUUUGUAAAUUAAAAGUAAUCAGUGACCUUGAUAUCUGGGUUUGUAUCUUGGCGGUAAGUUAAACAAUUCUCUCUGGUGUGUUUUCUAAAUGCGCAAGUACGAAAGCUCGCUGUGACCGUCUAGUUAAAAGGUGAGUGCGAGCUUGGAAAAGCAGUGAACAUGAUGGGUGCCAAAAUAUGCAUCACAUGAUUUCGACAUCAAAUUUAGCAAAACUCUAAGUGUGAAAUUAAUAUUCAGGUAUAUAAGACAGAUAUUGUUUUCUUGCCUAAGAAUAUAGCAAUUGUAUCAGAACAGCCCAUUCUGCACAGUGAAUUUGUAUAUAAAUCCACUUAUGAUAUUAAUACCCGGAUUUUUGAUUGUUGUAAUGUCUAUCUCUUUACGUAAUAUUAACAUUUUUAGAUCUUUUUUCACUCCAGUAUCAUUCAUGAUAUGUGUUGAGGUCAUGAUUUCAGUGUAAAUUUUCCAACAUCCAUAGACUUGAAAAUUUAUUGAUCACUUCAAGUAACUGUUCUAAAUAGUUGUAUUUGGAUUGCCUCAAUUUAGCAGUUUUUAUGUGAAAAAUAAAAAUGUAAUAUUUUUCAAAACUAUUUAAGAAGGGAAAAGUAGAAAUUUCCUUUGUGGAAAUAUUUGGAUACCGCUUAAAGAAAGUAACCAUUUUCUUUCGGUUCAAAAUUCAGUCCAGGUUUAAGUUACUGAAAUCGGUCUUAAAUUUGAUUAGCUAAAUCCAUAUAAUAUCUAUAUCAAAUGCAUUAUAUAAUAAUAUAUAUAUUAAUAAUAAUACAGGAAGCCAUAAAUGUUCUUUACAAUUUGUUUGAUUCUCUUCUUCACAUUAAAUACAAGUUGUUGCCAGUUACGACUGGUAUGCUUUGAUAAUCCAGGAUUUUUCUAGUUGAUAACAUCAGUGCAACUCUGUAACUUCUUCAAGCUAAUAAAGUGAUUUCUGAUGUGA